AUGAGACAUGCUAACCGACGAUCAAGUUAGGAGGACAAACCUAAAAUAUGGCUGGAUAACUACGGUGCAGGGAACAAUGCGAGUCCGCUUGAAGUGCAUGUCUACUGGCAUGAGAUUAUGAAGCUGGAAAAGAAUUCUAAGAAGCAUCACUAUGAGUAAAAUGAAUUAAGGCAUCGAGAUUUGUAUAACUCAUACAUUCCACCUAAAAAUAAUAACGAUACUAUGCUCAAAGAUACAAGAUUUACCUCAGACUUCGGAAAGAUUCUAGUCACACCAACUAGCUAAACAGCAGGUUAGCUAAAGGAUCUGUUGAAGUACAAGAACAAAUUAAGAGAUUAUGAGUUCAAGGCUGAUGAAGAUGAGCUGAGAUAAACAGGUAAUAUUCAUCAGUAUUACUCAAAGAAAGUCAGAGAUCUGAGUAGAGACCCUACUAAGGCUAAAAAUCUAGAGUAAACCUAUCUCAAUAAAACUGGCUUUGGAUUUCAUAAGCAUAAACUAUCAGGGUAAAAUAUCGGAAAAGUUAGCAAAAAUGCUUAAGGAAUAGCUAUUACAGAUAGACUGAAUAUUUCAGCAAAUAUAGAUGGAAACGCUAGAAUCAAAACAAGUUAAAAAGUGAGAGAACUUUAGAGAGAACUAGAAAGUAAUAGAAAUCUGAGGCAGCUUGCUGAAAGGCAGUUGUCUCAAAUGAAAAUAUAGCAAUUAUGA